UAUUGAUUUUUUAUUUGUAGGAAUGUAUUAAUUUGUUUGUUGCGCAAUAUUGAAAACAACCAAGUUCUUAAGACAAGCACAACAUCCUAAAUAGUAAAUAGUAAAUUCUUGCCUUGGACAAACCAAAUUCUAUUGCAAAAUUAUUAUUUCAAUUAUUUAAGGAAUUUGAAACCCACUUAAAGGAUAUGAAUACGUUUAUGGACAAAAUCAAAUCAAUUUUUGGAUUAAGACCAGAACCGCCUAGAAACGAUUUUAGAAACCCUAUUUGGGGCUCAGACGAUGAUGAUGAAGACGAAAUAUAUUCGAGGCAGCAAUUGGACAUAUACCAAGACCCUCUUCAAUUACAACAAGAAUUUGCCAAACAUAUGCAAGAAAUGUUUAAAAGUUUCGGCAGUGUGUUUGGUGACAUGAAGUCAUUUUUCGAUGACGAUCCUUUAAAAAACUUUCAGGCUGUACCAGAUCUACAUUCAUUCGAUUCCCAAUCACAGACAGAGGAUGCCGAUAGCAAUCGUAUAAGAGAUUUCUAUUUGAAACCUGGCUAUCAUCAUAGACAUCAUCCAAAGGAGGAUAUAGAUUUAGAUGGAAAAAUAUCCUCAAAUGAUAUCUCAGACUUAUUUAAAAAGAAACCAGAGAGCCAUAUAGUACCUGCAACUCCUUUUAAUGGAAAUAUGGUGCCAGGUAGGUCAUUUUGUCAAACAAUUAUAACAACAAGUGUUAAAAAGCCUGAUGGCACAAUAGAAACUAAAAGGAUUGUUAAAAAUGGCAAUGAAGUAGUGGAAGAGACCAUAACCUCGACAGAACCGACAUCAAAAGGUCCUUACCCUGGAUUUAAUCCAAUAGACACAACAAAUAUCAUGUUUUCACAACUCUCAUCAUUACUGAAAAAUUUUUACUAAAGUUAUAGCUUACAUACAAGGUCAUAUAUUAGAAGUAGAAGUUAUCUUAAAAAUUAUGUUAACAUACCAUCCUUGUAACAUAUAGGUACUGUCUUUAGUAUUUAUACUUUACAUCUUAAUGUUUGUUGAUUUGUAGUCUGACUUACCAAAAAUAAACCUCUAUCUGAAAAAUG